AUGUACUUAAUUUGUUUUAUAUGUUUGGCUAGUUACCUGAAAGGUAUUUUACCAAUAGCGUUGUCCAGUAAUGUAUUUACUCCAUACAGUUUAAUUCGUCUUGCUCGCAGUACACAGAUACACAGCCUAAAAACGGUUCCUUCUAGUUUAGGACUUGCUAAUAAUGUACAAGUAAACAAUAAAUCGCAAAUUGUUUUGUUGACAGAAAAUUCCACAGAACUCAAUGACAAUUUUGCUUUAAAAGAACAAUAUGAACUUCAGAAUGAAACAGAUAUACUUGACAGAUCAAAUGACACAUCUACAAAUAUCACAUCGUUACCUGAAAUUUCAAGUUAUAUGAAUUCUCAUUUUGUUUUGAUAUCAGGAGCUUCUCUUGCUGGCUGCGUGAUUAUUCUAUCAUUUGUCAUUUUAGGAUAUAUAAUGUACAAAAAAAGUAGAUGGAAUACUCCCCAAGCACUUGAUCAUUGUAGCAAUGCAGACUCUAUUGGUUAUUUAGAUGAUAUGUUCAAAGAAAAUUCCGAUGAAAUGUAUAGUUUAGACAAUGAUUCAUUUUUAAACAGCUUAGAAGCCAUGACAAUCCAAAACUACUGGACAGAAAAUGUCAAACAUACUAAAUUAUAA